AGAGAUGUUGCUCGAAUUGGGUUUGAGGUUGUUGAGCGCAAAGUUGUAGUUCUUUCAGUUGUGCUUGUUGUGGUCCUUCUCCUUGUGUAAGUAUGAUAGUAGAAUAAAUCGCUCCUUUCAGUAGUCGUCUACCUGCUUCUUUAUUCUACUAAUCCUUUACAAAACAGUAGAUGUAGAACAAUCUAGAUUCACAGCGCCCACAUCACGAAAAAGAAACGCACCCCUUCUGGAUAGCCGGCGUCUUGCCGGAAUAGUAAAAGUAACGAUAAAGUAGAAGUAGUACCGUAGUUGUUGUAAACCGAUAAUUAUGUCGACCACCGCCAGGCGAGAUGAUCGAAUACCCAAUAUUAGGGGCGACGAACAACACGAACCACGCGAGGGUGACCACGACGACGGGGGCCAGAUGACCACCGCUGCUGCCAUCAAGAUGAACCUCGACCGCCAGCUCCUCGAGCUGGAGGCCUUGGACGCCAUUUUCGGCCCAUUCACGGUCGUCCGCAAAGUGUAUGACACUGCACAGCUCCCCCUCCCCCUCAUUUGUAUAUGUGAAUUUCUAAACUAAGAAAUUCUCCUUUGUCUGUGUUUGAUCCGUAUCUCGUAUCGUGGGAACAAGAUCAGACGGGUCGUAACGUUGACCAGAAAGAUUGAAGGACCUUUCGUGAAAAAGAGUGGCCUCGCAUCGAGGAGAAAGCAAAGCACUACUCGCUGAUAUCAAUCAUUUCUGCGUGAACCAACCGCCCAUCGUGGCUCAAGGAUUGUUUGUUUGUUUUUCACUGAUGACACCGAUGUAAAUUGAUAAUGACUUGGCGUCCACACUUGGACUCUCUCCUGGGGGAGAUAUUUGUGUUCUGCUGGCAGCAUAAGAAGAGUGAGCGAAUUUAGAUCAGUCUAUUCAUGUAAUUGGUUCCCGUUGGUCCAAUUUUACAUAUAACAUGAACGGCAAUACAAGUGCCAGCAAGAAUGCAGGUUUUGCAUGACAAAUUUGCGGAGGAGUGUAGUGCUAUUUGGGCUUCCAGAACUUGUCAUGCAUGAUAGUGACAGGACCAGGAGGGAAAGUGUGAGUUUGGUAUUUUGCAUGAGAAAUGAGAACGAGGGGGAGUUCGAGUUGUGCACUAUGAUAAAGUGUUCGGCGCAGUGCGGGACCGGGAUACUGGGGCUUAUUCUUCAUCUGCUCUCGCGACUUCUAGUUGUACUACUACCGGUUGUAGUACGAGUAGUUCCAGUACUUCUACUAGCGGGUCAAGAACUACUAGAACAUCGCCAGGAGCAGGUACAGACGAUGCUGAGGCAAUUCACAAAACCACUGGUGAUAUCGUCGUGGAGCUGGCGGCGCAAGAACUUGUACCGGAGCAGAACGAGAUGAAAGGCGAUUUCCGCAGUAGCUCCCUAAUAUGCAGCCCACUGACGGUUGUCUUGCGACUGCCCCGCCGAAAUUAUCCGGAAGGCGGAGGCAAGCCGGUUCUUGUGGAAGGGUUUCCUUCUAGAAGUGGAAUUAUGGUACUACCACCUGCUGCUCUGGACGAGAGCCAACAUCUACCUCUACGGAAGAAAUUCGAAGACUUUCUUGCCCAGCUCCCCGACGACAUGGAGGUUUUGCAGGAUAUUGCGACGUUUCUGACCGAGGAACAAGUAGCUGCCACAUCGACCACGCCACAAAAUGGAUUUCCUCAAAAUCUUCAAAACGGCGAGGAAAUUAUCUCACCGCCUCCGCCAGGACGAGAUCACUCUUCCUCGUCCCGCCGGCUGGCGGAGUGGUUCCGUUCCCCAGCUUAUGAACUGCAAAAGUAUCGUACUCGUAUUAAUGCAUGACAAAUUUCCUCAGCAUGAGAAAGAAAAUUUGUAAUCCAGAUUCACCUUGAGAAAAAAAUUUGUAAUGCAGGACUGCAAUACGAGUACGAUACUUUUGCACAGGAUACAGCCUUCGCCGCCGCCCUCGCCGACGCGGGGUUUCACAGUUACGGCGUUCUCAAAUGUUACAUUCUCAGCUGUUACAUGAUUUGUCAUGCGAAAUUACUUUAUAGGCGCCAGGUGGUCAAGCUGCUUCGCAUGACAAAUCUGCGAAGGGCUAGACAGCACCUAAAUCUGUGCGGAAUUUGUAAUGCAAGAGGCGCAACCUCCCCCCUUUCAUCAAUACUGCCGCCCUUGCAUCACAAAUUCGAUGUAAAAACAGUUGAGAAUGUAACAGUUGAGAGCGCCAUAACAGUUACGGCCCCGACUGCUGGGCGCAGAGCGGCCGGGACGGCCGCGGCGUGACCAUCGAGCAGGUCGAGGAAAACGUGGUCAGCGUUUCCUGCGUAUGAACUGCAAAAGUAUCCGAUACUUGUUGUAUAAAUGCAUUACAAAUUUGUCCAGCAUUACAAAUUAAAUUUGUAAUGCUGAAUUACCUUGACAAAGAAAUAACUUGUAAUGCAUAAACGCAAUUUUACUACGAGUGCGAUACUUUUGCACAGCAUACUGCGACGGCUUGGAGCCGGAGGACGUGGAGAGCUGGCUGGAACUGGAGAUGUUGUUAUGGCGUUCUCAAACGUUACAUUCUCAACUAUUACAUGGACUUGUAAUGCAAGAACAGCAAAAGUGAAAGUGGCAACAUUUUUCUUUUUGCACCUUUCGCAUGACAGAUUUAGAUUUUCCACAGAUUAUCAUGCUGUUUAGCCUUUCGAAAAUUUGUCAUGCUAAAGCACCUUGAUCAAGUGGAGGCUGAUGGCAAUUUUGCAUGACAAGUUCAUCCAUGUAACACUUGAGAAUGUAACAGUUGAGAACGCCAUAGUUGUCCUCGACGGCGUUGAAAACUUCUGCCGCUACUUGUUCAUCCGGUGGUACCACAGAAGAUGAAAUAAAUGCUGAAGACCUCCAGGAACGAAGGUUCGCGAGCUCCUUCCCGUCCCGACUGCUACAGUGGGCACGCGCGGCUGCUUCGGAAGACGGGUUUCUGACAACUGGUGGCGGGGGGAAAAUAAAUCGUGGCAAAGAUGACCUUGGUGGAGGCCAAGAUGUUGUUGGGACAACGAGCGACAACGAGGAUGUUUGUGACAGCGACGACGACGACGACGACCUGUCUAUCUGCACCACCUACCUGCCGCAGAAUUUGAAGUAUGACAAAACCCGAUCCCUCGCGAUCUACACGUGGGGCCGGGCAAUUUUGAAAACGACCCCCAAGCAAGCCCAGGCGAACUUCAAUGCGACGGUGCUUUCGGGGAAGGGCUCGGGUAUAAAUUUGAAGAAGAUGAAUAUCGCAGGAAAAAACUGUUUCACUGUGAACUUGUGAUGCAGAAAAUGCAUCACUGAAGUGUUUGUCUUGCUACACAUACAAGACAAGUGAUUCUUAGCGGUGUUUUCCCUUAGGAUCCUUGCAUGGCGAGUUUUUUUUGUAAUGUGUAGCGAACUUGUAAUGCAAAACUUGCAAAACCAAAAUCCUUACAGUGGAACAGUUUUUUCUUACGAUAAUGAACGGGCUUUCGCUGGAAAUCCAGAGCAAAAUUUCCCGGUGCUCGCUAUUCCCGGUCUGGAUGGAAAUGGUGGUAAAGAAAGUCGAGGCGGAAAAUUUUCACGCCAUCGCGGUGAACUGCCGCAAGGGAAGGCAUCGAAGCGUCGCGGCGGCCGAGCUGCUGAAAAAGCUCUACUACCCAAACGCGAGGACCCAUCACUUGACGAUCUGUUAGCCGCUGCAGUGGAUUUGUGGUCUUACUCACAAUCGAUGAACAUUUAUUUUGACGACAUAUAUCCGAAUAGCGACUGCAUUUUUUUUACGUUGACGCAGAGUCAACAAUGUGAAUGUAGAAUGAAAGUGAGCUAGC